AAGAAGGCAAUCACUUCCAAGAUGAUCUACAGGCACAAGUAUGGACCUGAAGGGGAGCUGACCCGCUACAAGUCUAGGCUUGUGGCACGGGGGUUUCAGCAGACAAAAGGGAAGGACUAUGAUGAGGUGUUUGCUCCUGUGGGGAAAGGAACAACACUGAGGGUGCUGUUAGCGAUAGCUGCACUCCUGGGAUGGAAGAUACGGCAGAUGGACAUUGUGACUGCUUUUCUGAAUGGGAUCAUUCUGGAGGAGGUCGCAGAGCAGAUGCUGGAGAUGCAGUUCAAGUGCUCCAAGAUGGGUGAGGUGAAGUACUACUUGGGGAUGCAUGUGGAGAGAGAUGUGGAAAAGGGUGUGCUGAGGUUGCACCAGAGGAAGUACUGUGAGGGGCUGGCUGAGAAGUCAAAGUUGAGGUUCCUAUAGGGAGGGAAUCUUUGUGCUUAUGGGGUUUCCUUGGUUGGGGACUCUCUUGGGACCUUCCCUCUCGUCCCUCUCUUCUAUCCCAACCUUUCUCUUGCUCCUCAAAUUCCUUGUGAGAUUCUUGAACUUUAAUUGAACCUUUGAGAUUGAGUUAAGUUCUCCUCCUACAGCUUACCCCCUAGUGCGUCGAAAGCCAUAGCGUCGCGAAUACUUUAUCAAUCAACAUGAUUCAAAUUGGGAACGGUAGCUGAGAUUAAGAGCUAC